AUGGAGGGUGGCCAGACCUCGUCGAAUUCCGCCCCCGCUGGGAACUCCAGCGAUUUUGUUCGCAAACUGUACAAGAUGCUGGAGGACCCUUCCUAUGCAUCAAUUGUACGCUGGGGCGAUGAAGGUGAUAGCUUUGUGGUUCUCGAGUGUGAGAAAUUCACCAAGACCAUUCUGCCGAAACACUUCAAGCACAGCAACUUUGCGAGUUUUGUGCGCCAACUCAACAAAUAUGACUUCCACAAGGUCCGCCAAAACAACGAAGAGAACGGGCAGUCGCCGUAUGGGCAAAAUGCCUGGGAAUUCAAACAUCCCGAGUUCCGAGCCAAUAGCAAGGACUCCCUAGACAACAUCCGCCGCAAAGCUCCUGCGCCUCGCAAGCAAACCCAGCCGACCGAUGAGGCGGCCCCAACUCAACAGAUCGAUCUACUUAACCAGCAGAUUGUCGCCCAGCAACAACAAAUACAGCAUCUCUCAGACCGAUACGCGCAACUCACCGUCGAUCAUCAACUCAUGCUGCAGGAAUCAAUGCGCGUCCAGAAGACGGUCUUGAACCACGAAAACGUCAUCCACCAACUCAUGACCUACCUGCUCUCAGUCGAUGCGCGCCAGCGACGAGACAACAAGGCCCUCUCGUUCCAAGCGCAAGGCGGCGCCGGCGUCAGUCCGGGGCAGGUCGGCGCGAUGGAUGACGCGCCCUCCUCUCCCCUGCAGCAGGCGUCCAAAUUGUUGAGCGACAUGAAUUCCGAGAUGCAAUUUAACAUGGCGGCGAUCGACCCGGCAGCCAACGAUGCCUCCAAGGCUGCGGUCCCAGUGGCCGCGCCCGUCUCUCGGUCGGAAACGACGGCACCCCUAAUACCGCCGCCAUGCCAACAUGUCAACAAUGUGCCGUAUCCUAUGCCCGCCAAACCAGAUGUUGAUGCCAACGAUGCGCAACGGUUCCAAGACAACGGCAAUCGCAAGAAGACGACGAACGUCGAUCCGGGCUGGAUGCGCAGCCCUCAAAUCUUGCUUGUGGAGGACGAUGCGACGUGUCGACAGAUUGGUGGCAAAUUCCUGUAUUCCUUCAACUGUGUCGUCGAUACUGCUUUUGACGGCCUCGAAGCUGUCAACAAGAUGCAGGCCGGCUCCAAGUACGAUCUCAUCCUGAUGGAUAUCAUUAUGCCAAAUCUCGACGGUGUAUCCGCCUGUCACCUCAUCCGCCAGUUUGACCGAACUCCCAUCAUUGCCAUGACCUCCAACAUCCGAAGCGAUGAUAUUCAACUCUAUUUCCAGAACGGCAUGGAUGAUGUCCUACCGAAACCUUUCACUCGCAAAAGUCUUCUCGGCAUGCUCGAGAAGCACUUGGUUCACCUGAAAACGAUGGCACAGCCCAUCGACGCCACGCCAGCUCCAGCGCCGAGUGCGAUGACCGUUCAGCCUUCGGCCACGCAGUCAAUCAAAGAGGACAAUAGCUCCCCCGGCCAAUCUCCGGCCGGCUCAAUGACGAAUUGGCAGUCUCCGGGUCAGUUCCAUGGCAUGCCUUCAGUGCCACAACCGAUGUCUGCAGUUCCCGGUCAGUACGUCCCUGGUCCCGGCGCGCCGCCGGGGACGUACGCCGUCGAUCAAAACGGCAUGCAGUACCCAGCACCUGCCAGAGUCACCGUUCCCUCCAAUGGCGGACCACCCCGGCCUCAGCACCGUCGGCAAAUGUCUGACAUGUCGAGUGCCACCGAGAACCCCAAUGUCAAACGGCAGCGCAUGUACUCACAAAAUCAACCGAUGAUGGCUGUCCAAGCCGGUCGGCCUGGUUGA